AUGAUUCAUCCUCCUGCUAUGGGCGGCAAAACUGCCUGGGGCGUGUCCCGGGAGACGGUCCAUCGUGGCACGGACGACCCCGAAGAGAUUCGGAAGUUGAAGGAAGCUCAGGGCUCCUUCAACGCUCGAGAAGAAGAGCGGCUCAAACGCCUGCACGAGAUGGAUAAGAACGCUUCUCAGAUCUUGGAAGAGCGGCGGCAGCGCAAGAACUCCUUCGAUCCCACGCAGGUGACGAAGAGAGGCGAUGUGGACGCCUUCAGAAAACAGCAGGAGGAAGCACUCCUAAAGAUGCAGGAGAUUAAGGAGCAAAAGCAAGCUGAGAAAAGGCAGAAGAAGUUGCUGGAGAAAGGCGAGAAGAAGCCAAAGAAGGAAAAGAAAAAGAAAGGAAAGAAAGACAAGAAAGACAAGAAGAAGAAAAAAGAAAAGGAUAAAAAGAAAAAGAAGAAGCAAAAGAAGAAGAAGAGAAAGAAGUCUUCGUCCUCUUCAGAUAGCUCAGAUUCGUCCUCUUCCUCGUCCUCAUCCAGCGAUUCGAGCUCAUCCUGA